CCCAAAAAGAAAAAAACGAAGGAAAGAAAAACACGUAAAAAGGCCCGAGAAACGAAGGAACAAAGAAAGGAAGAAAUCACAUAAAUCCAUCCCCCAUCUCUCUUCGCAGAGAGGAAAGAAGCAGCAGCUCCGGCCCUUGUUGCUCUUUCCUCUCCCAUCCACCCAUCCAUCCAUCCAUCCCAACCUCUCCGUCUUUCUCUCUCUCUCUCUCUCUCUCAGCAUGAUUCCGACCCGAGCCGCUGCGACGCCGGACGACGCCCCGGAGCUCGCCGGAUCGGCCCCGAAGAGCCACCAGCAGCAGCCGCAACAAGAACAGCAGCUCGGCGCCGGCGAGCCCAAGUACAGGGGCGUGCGGAGGCGGCGGUGGGGCAAGUACACCGCCGAGAUCAGCGACCCCAUCAGGAAGGCCCGCGUCUGGCUCGGCACCUUCGCCUCCGCCGAGGAUGCCGCCCGCGCCUACGACCUCGCCGCCGUCCGGUUCCGCGGCUCCAAGGCCAAGACCAACUUCCCCAUCUCCCUCUACGAGGGCGGCGGCGAGGAGGCCCGCGCCCAGGCCCCCCCGCCUCCCCCGGCCCCGGCCCGGAUCCGGCACCGCGGCGCGGUGCGGGAGGACCCCCAGCAGAGCCGGCGGGCCUUCCAGCAGAGGCCCACCUGCAGCAGCCUGAGCAGCACCGUGGAGUCGUUCAGCGGGCCCCGGCCCCCGCCGUCCGCCGCGAUCGCGGCGCCGCCGCCGGCGGAGAAGAGGUACCGGAGGUCGCCGCCGGUGGAGCCGGAGGACUGCCAGAGCGACUGCGAUUCGUCGUCGUCGGUGGUGGACGAUUGCGGAGGGGGCGUCGAGGAGGGGUCGUCGUCGACGUCGUGGUUUAGGAGGAGGGGGCCCUUGCCUUUCGAUCUGAAUCUGCCGCCGUCGGGCGGGGUUGACCUCGACGGCGAAGAUCUGCGGCUGUGCCUGUGAGUUGCUCGGCGGCCGUAAAGAACAUCAAAGCCUCGUCUUGAAUUUAUUUUUUAUUAUUUUCUUCAAAUAUCCUGGUGGUAUUCUCAUUGCGGAAAUGGAAAGAGAUGUGGAAUGCAAAAAGAUGAGGUGGGGGUACGAUUAAAGAUGAAAUGAAAAGAGAAAGUCUUUAAGCUGA